AUGCCUGGACGCUGCUGCGCCACUACUGUAUCUCUCUGGGUGCUGGGCCUCUGUGGUGUUCCUGAUGCGCCCCAUGCCGCCGACGUGUCGCUGUCAAGCACAGGAGGCAGCGGCGUGGGGUCUCUGAAAGCGCCCCCUGUGGACAACUCCCAUGUUCGAAAGGGAGGAGAGCUGUUUUCGCGGCAGUGGAGCGAGGAAGCGGUGCGGCUGACGUUCCGCUGCCGUCUGACGGAGCAGACCGAGGUCAACUGGGAGACCGUGCUGUGCCAGGACCGGCUGUAUGUGCAGCUGCCGUCCUGUGUGCUGCCCGAUGGCUCUCGGGAGGCCUUUGUCACACUGCUCGAGUUUGCCGAAGAGCAGCUGGGUUGCACCCAUGUCCUGGUCUUAUUCAACAAGGACCGUCCCGACAGAGCUGGCAUCAUGCGCACGUUCAUGUUCCUGGGCUUCUCAGUACUGGCCCCGGGACAUCCACUUGUGCCGCAGUCAACGUCUGAAGGGCUUCUCUACAUGGUUUACGCCAUCGAGUGAGACAUGCGACGCCAUCGACAACCCAGCGUCCUUCGGGGCUCCACUGCUGCACCAACAGUUUCUUCGUGUUGUUCCUUUUUCUGCAACUCUUUCGGGGAGGAGAUCCAAAGCGUGUAACCUUUUGGCGUGUUCAAGCAUUAGCAACGAGAAAAGAGGGGCUUCAAAGUUGCGUGGGGGCAAAUUCUACGGGGUUGGGCGGCCAAUUCAAUAUUGGGACGUUGUUCGGGGCAGGCAUUUUCAGAGACCGCGCGUUAGACCUAGAGCUUUGCGACCACAAGCGAGGAUUCAGUUUGCUAGCAAUUUCGUAAUCUGUUUAGACCCCAGCAUGUCCUAGGCAUGGCGGCGUAAUAGCGUAAACGUUUUUUUUUUUUCUUAAGUAAAAAAAUGUGUCCUCAAUGUUUGGCACUUGUAAUUCUAUAUGGCUUAGUGUAGACGUUCGUUUGGGACCAAUGCAGUGUUUAGGGCAUAAGUUAGCCUUUAGAUAUCAUGUACACUGUUUCAAAAAGUACAUGUUGCCUCGCUUGUGGGACUAGCUUCUUCCUGUGCUAGAUUAGCACGUCUGUAUCCUUGCUCAUAAAGUUCAAAAAAAUGUAAAAAAAAUUGCAUAAACUGCCAAAAAUGUUCAAAAAACACCAAUGGCCUUGUGUAUUGUCACUUUCUUCAUUCACUUGCUUUCGGAGUUGUGCAACUGUUUCGUGGCUUCUCACAGUUCGCAAGUCUUCCUUAUGCAUGCAACACAUCCUGUGUUUUUCAUUUCUUCCAGCUUUUUUUGUGUUCUAUAACAAAUAAAACGUUUUGUCUUGGA